AUGUCGGAUAUAUCAGACUUUUCCGAAACUGAGGAGUCUUCCGAAAACGAAAAUCAAAAGAAAUUAUUCAAAAAGAAAGAGUCCAGAAAGUUCACUCUCUCACAGAGCUACAUUACAGACAAUGCGGAGAUGUUCAGCAAAAACAGCAGCAUGCGAAGCGUUGACAAUGCUUGGGAAGUGAAUGGAAAAUUACCUAUUCAAAAGUCAGGAACAUUCACAUCAACAAAAAGUGGCGUGACGAAAAAGGGAUCUCAUGAUGAUCAUAUGCUACUUGGAGACGAAUCGACAUCGUUUAAAAAUUUAUAUAGUGCCUCUAAGCUGAAUGAAGAAGGGAAACCCAGUCCCAGUCCCACUCGCAGCCCCAACUCAAGAGUAGCGGAUUGUGUCAUGUCCCCACCAAAAUUCUUUCUGUCGCAUAUUUAUCAUGAUAAUAAAGUGUUUACAAAAAGAUAUGGCCACUCUAUAGUAGAAUACGAGAAUGAGUUCUUCAUAUACGGGGGAAUCAAUUCGAAAAAUGAAUAUCUAGACGAGUUUCUAACAUUUACGUAUGGCCUCAACACAUUUACAUCUAAAAAGUUGAGUAUAAAUCCAGGGAAAAGAGCCUAUGCUUCUAUGACAUUAACAUACGAUAUUAAUAAGAACCCAUCGUUAUUGCUAUUUGGAGGAUUAUGUGGUCCAAACAUACUGGCAAAAGAUUGCUACAUGUAUGACUUUAUGGAAGACACAUGGUCCAAGUAUACCUACAAAUUAGAGACCAAUCCAGGAACAAGAUAUGGACAUUCUUACACCUUUUGCUCUAGUACUUAUACGACCGUUAUUUGGGGUGGACUGAACAGAAAUAACGAAUUGUUAAAUACGGGUUAUAAAUUCCUUGGUGGAGAAUGGUCAGAAAUAAAGCAUAAAGGAAUAUGUCCAUCGGGAAGAGUCUUUUCUUCCAUGGUUUGGCUAGAUAGGGUUACAAAAGAGAAUGUCAAUUAUACUUUUCUCUAUCUAUUUGGUGGGGACACGACAAAUAAAGGGACACCAACAGAUGAGUUAUGGGUAUAUAAUUUCAACAAUGAGAAUUGGACAAUGGUGAAGAACUCCUCUGGGGAAGCCCCUUGUCCUAGGUGGAAACACGGAGCUGUUAUUAUUGAUAAGAAUAUGUGGAUCAGUGGUGGGUUAUGUUCAGGGUGGUUUUCAAAUUAUUCUAUUCCCGAUUUGUAUGUAUAUGAUAUACCUUCCAAUUGUUGGUUUAACUGCCAAAUAGCAUCCAAGCAGAUUCAUAAUUGUUACGAUUAUGGUACGUUAAAUUUGCAUUCACAGACAAAGGCUUUUUUCUUGUUCGGAGGGAAGAAUGCUAACAACGACCCUACGUCAUAUGUGUGUAGGUUUGCACCUCUAUGUACAAGUGUGUCCAUUGUGACCAUGAGAAAUGAGAUAAAGAGAUUUUCCAACUAUGUCCUUGAAGUGAAAAAGGAAUCCGAAGAAACGGCAAAUAAUGUAUCCGAAAUGCAGAAGAUUAUUCACACCUUCAGCCUAGAUAUAAAAGAUUUCAAGAUAUUAUUUGAGGCUCUCACGCGAAGUAUACAAAUGCUUAAGGAAAACAUAGAGAAGGUGGAUAGGGAAGUUGCCCUUCUGAGGCAGCACAUUUCUGGAGAUGAGAAGGAGGAUGUUGAGAAGGGUCCCGCAGUGGGCGUCGAGUCUUCAGCCACGGAACCAGUUGCCGAGGGGGAAGUUAAACCAAAUGAGGUAGGAGAAGCGGAGGGCCAAUGA